AAAUUGAAAUACAGAGCAUCACUUUACAGUUUACACAAUACUUGAAGUCAAAAAUCAAAUCUUGCAAAACACAAAAAAAAUGGGUGCAGCAACUUUCAUAGACAUUAUUUUAGCCAUCCUUCUGCCUCCUCUUGGUGUUUUCUUCAAAUACGGUUGCGCGGUUGAGUUUUGGAUCUGUUUGGUGCUGACACUAUUGGGAUAUCUCCCUGGGAUUAUUUAUGCUCUUUGGGUCAUCGUCAAGUGAUCACAUACAUCAUGAUACAGAAAAGGAUCUCAGAUUUUCAUUUGUGGAUGAAGAUAUAGCUGAAAUUGGUUGUGUUAGUUUUGAUUGGCGAUUCAUUGAAUUCCCCCGUUGUUUUAAUUUCAAUUUAGAGUGAAAAGUAUGUUUUUGAUUUUAUAGUGAAUGAUGCUGUUCACUUGUUCAGUGUUGUUUGCUAUGAGUACAUGGAUUUCUUGAUGUAAUUAAAAAAAAUGUUGAUCGUGAAAUUUAAGUGUUAGUAAUCUUUAUUCUAUUA